AUGUCGUCAUCCGCCUCUCCGGCGAGACGACCGUCCACAGUCUCGAUCGCCACGACCGCCUCCAAUGCUACAGAGAAACAGCAGCAGUACGAGCAACAGCAGCAACAACAAUCCACACGGCAGAGCCAGCUCAUUCAGCAGCCCGGCACGGGUCUGCGAUUACCGUCGAACCGCAAGACCAUCUAUGAUCGACAUCUCAACCGAAGUCGCAAUGCGGAGUUGAGUCGGGCCAGUUUCGCGUACAUCUUUGCGGAGAUGGUGACAUAUGCGCAGCGGAGGGUGACAGGCAUACAGGAUUUGGAGAGACGAUUAAACGAACAAGGCUACCCCCUCGGUCUCCGCCUGCUAGAUCUCCUCUUCUACCGCUCCACGACGUCGUCAUCGUCGUCGGCGCUCUCGUCCUCGUCGACCUCAUCCUCCCCGCCAAACCGACCCCUCCGUAUCCUCCCGCUGCUGCAUCUCAUCCACGGCCCGCUCUGGCGUCUGCUCUUCAACCGGCCGGCCGACGCCCUCGAGCACUCCGUCUCCCCGCAAACGCCAAACGAGUACAUGAUCACGGACAACGACCCGCUCGUCAACACCUACAUCAGCGUGCCCAAGGAGAUGAGCAUGCUCAACUGCGCCGCCUUUGUCGCGGGCAUCAUCGAGGGCGUCUGCGACGGCUGCGGCUUCGAGGCCAAGGUCACGGCGCACAAUCAAGGCACGGAGAUGUGGCCCGGCCGGACGGUCUUUCUGAUCCGGUUCGGGGACUCGGUGAUGGAGAGGGAGAACCUCCUCGAGAGGGCGGGAGUGAAAUAA